GUCUAAUCUAACUGUAAAUUAGUAGUUCCCAGAGACAAAGUUGUCUAGUAGUUGAAGUAGUUCUUAUUGUUAAUCAUAAUCCGUUUUGAAAGAAUUUGGAAAUACAUCUGUGAUUUUUUGUAAUAAAACCAAAAUUUGUCCAUGAUGCUAAAAAUACUUUCCUCAAUUUCCACAGUUUUAACUGAUUAAAUUCUCCUUUCGAAAAAGCACUAAAAGUAUUUAAUAAUUAGAUUUUAGGGCGUGGUUCAUAAAUCAGAACUAUUUGGCUCUAUAGCAACUGAGCUCUAUUCAGCUACGUGCCCUUGUAUUUGUUUACAUUCGCCUACUCUACAAUGUAUACAAAACUUCAAAGUUUUGUUUGUAUCAUACAAUACAACAAUUUUCAAUAAAUGCUAAUGUUCUAAUCUGAGUUUGAUAUUAACAAUGGGAUCCGAAAAGCUGCUAUUUCGCUUGGAGCAGCCCCAUGGGAAUGGGGACAUUUUUAUAUCAUGGCAAAAGGGAUCUGGGAUGUACAUGGCUACAACUGGAGUCGACUGCAUGGUCAAUAUAUUCGAUAGGUAUGGGGAAAUUAUUGAGAGGAUUCGUUUGCCGAACCUAUGUACAAGUUUCAGUUGGGAUUGUGAUGGCGAUUUAUUGGGAGUCGUAAGCCAGUCCCAAUUGAUGAUAUGGGACGCGAAUGCUACUAAAAAGAACAUAAUUGAUGUAGGCCUAAAAGAUUACAUGUCGUGUUUAGUGUGGGCAAAAACUGGCCCUGUAUUAGCAGUUGGAACUAUGAAAGGAAACGUCUCUAUUUAUAAUCAUGAUACUUCUAAGAGAAUACCAAUUAUUGGCAAGCAUACGAAAAAAAUUACCUGCGGCGCUUGGAAUAGGGAUAAUCUUCUCGCUCUUGGUUCUGAGGAUAAAACAAUUUCAGUUAGUAAUAUUGAAGGAGACACAUUAAAAAUAAUCAACCUAAGGGCCGAACCAUCAGAUUUACAAUUUUCCGAAAUAAAACUGGAUGAAAGAGUUGGAGGUGAAAAUACUAUCAGUGCUGUGGUUGGGAGGCGAACUCUCUACUUAUAUAAAUUGCUGGAUCCGGAUAAUCCUUUCGAGCUAGCCUUCCAACAGCAUUAUGGUUCGAUAGUUACCUAUAAAUGGUACGGAGACGGGUACAUGCUGAUAGGAUUUUCCGCAGGAUUUUUUAUUUCCAUAUCCACUCAUAUCAAAGAAGUUGGACAAGAACUGUUUCAAAUCAGGAACCACAAAAAUAUACUAACUGAUAUAUCAAUUUGUGAGGCUGUGGGAAAAGCAGCGUCUUGUGGUGAUAACAAUGUGAAAAUUCAUGACUUAUCGAAUCUUCAAGAAACGUCUAGUGUUUUAAGUUUGCCCCAAGAAUCGGGAUUAGAACGAAUUUCGUGGAGCUCUGAUGGUCAGUUGCUUGCUGUUAUUACUAGGGGUGGAUCGGUCAAUGUUUACAUAUCUCAUAUGCAACUUCUCAGCUCUGUGUGUCCUCCGCGAGUCGCCAUUCUGUCAAGCUUAACAGAAGUUAGUCUUUACAGUUAUAGCUCUGAUAAUAAGCAAAAGUUGAAACCAGUUUUUGUCAACUUACCAAUCGAACCUUCAUUUAUUGGUGUUGGUCAAUUUCAUAUGGCUGCCGGUAUGAAUAACAGGAUUUGGUUUUAUGACUUGACAAAGUCUCAGCCAGGCUCAGAGGAUAUGCCUUUGAGUUUAAGCGACCGGCAGUAUUUAGGAGCUGUAACUAGCGUAAAGCUUAAUCCGGAAUACGCGUCUGUUCUUUUUGAAGGAAAAAUCCAACUGCACAUGAUUGAACAACCUGAUCUUUGCCAUGAAGACCGCGAAUCAAUGAUGUUUCCAGAAGCUUUAAAUCAAAAUCUAGUCAUUACUUGCCAUGACCUUACUACGGAUUUUUUAGUAUAUGGUACUGAUAUGGGUCAUAUAAUUUACUUUCAUAUAGAAGAGUGGUCGAAAGCAAUAGAAUACAAACAUAAUAUUGGAAUAAGUAAUAUUUAUGUAGAUCCCGCAGGCACAAGGUUGGUUCUUAUAGAUGGAAAAGGUCUUGGAUACGUGUAUAACGGGGUUACCAAUGAGCUAAUACCUAUACCAAAUAUUCCAAGUAAAGUGAACGGUGUCACAUGGGACAGUAAUAUUUGUGAUAGAAACAUUUUCAUUAUUUACGAUGACAAUGAUAUACAUACUUAUUUAUAUAUAAAAUUACACAUUGAUGGAACACGAGUUAAAAAAAUUGGUGAAACUGUUCUGGUGUCAAAACAGAUCCCAUUAAUAAUGUAUCAGGGAGAAGUUAUGUGUGCAACAUCUAAUGCUCAACUGUCUCAAUUAAAUCUUACUACUCACGACAGUUCCCAAGUGGGAAUGAUACUGGAAAGAGACAAAAAUGUCACGGAAUCCAAUUUUUUUAAACAGUUAGCACUACACAGGUUUCAGUCCGCUUUUAAAACAUGCCAACAUUUAAACUCAAAAGAUUUGUUAUUGUUAUUAGCUGAAGAAUGCCUCAGGUGUCUUGAUUUUGAUACAGCUAUUCAGAUUUAUAGCAGAAUAGAUGAUGUGUCAAUGGUAUUGUGUCUCCAGAGCGUUUUAGAUAUUGAAGAUUGGAAGUUACUGUUUGGUUACACCGCUAUGUUUCUAAACGAAUACGAGAAAGCACAAGCUUGGUUCUUAAAAUCGAAUCAACCUUUACUUGCUUUAGAAAUGAGACGUGAUUUAUUACAGUGGGAAGAAGCACUACGGUUGGCUAAAAAAAUGGCUCCCGAACAGGUCUGCAUGAUAUCCCGGGAAUAUGCACAGCAAUUAGAAUUUUUAGGGAGUUACAGUGAGUCGUUGGUUCACUAUGAGAAAGCCUUGCAAGAAAACUUGAGCGCCGAACACACAUUCACGUGCAAGGCUGGAAUUGCACGAACAACUUUACAUUGUGGAAAUUAUCGUCAUGGCAUUAGCAUAGCUAUGGAAUUGGACCACAAGCAAUUGCUUAGAGAAUGUGCCGAAAUACUUGAUAAAAAAAAGCAAGUUGCUGAAGCUGCAAUGCUGUAUGAAAAGUGUGAUCAGUUUGACAAAGCUGCAUCGAAUCAUAUACUGCUAAAAAAUUGGAAGACAGUCGGCGAGUUGUUGCCUAAUGUAACAUCCAAUAGAAUCUACCUACAGUAUGCUAAAGCUAAAGAAGCAGAAGGGCAAUUUGAAAAUGCUGUUAAAGCCUAUGAAAAAGCGAGAGAUUAUGACUCAAUGAUUAGACUACAUUUAGAUCAUUUGAACAAUCCUGAAGUCGCCGUUGAAAUUGUUCAAGAAACAAAGAGCGUUGAAGGAGCUAAACUAGUUGCUAUGUUUUUCCAAAAACUGAAUGACAUGUCGUCCGCAAUCAAAUUUUUGGUUCUAUCAAAAUGCAUAGACGAUGCUUUUGAGUUAGCCAAGAAAAAUGGAAAACUUGAGCUUUAUGGUGAGGUGCUUCUCAAUAGUUUUACUGAGGAUGAAAUAAAACCUAAAGAUUUUGCAAAUAUUGCUCAAUAUUUUGAAAAUGAACGCGACUCUUUUUUGUCUGGAAAAUAUUGGUUUCACGCCAAAGAAUAUCAGAAGGCAAUGAAACACCUGCUUACUGCUGCAAAAUCCAACUCUAAAGAAAAGGAAGCUAUAACAGUGGCAAUUGAUGUAGUUGCUUCUUCAAAAGACCAGUCGCUUGCCCAAAUUCUUAUCGAGUUUUUAAUUGGAGAUUCGGAUGGCUUUCCAAAGGAUCCUAAGUAUUUGUUCAGAUUAUAUAUGGCAAGAAAACAGUACAAAGAAGCAUCUAAAUCAGCAUUGAUAAUCGCGAACGAAGAGCAGAUUAAUGGAUUUUACAGGAAUGCACAUGAUGUCCUAUUUGCAAUGUACCAAGAACUUAAGCAAAACAGCAUUACCAUUCCUUUAGAGAUGUAUACGAAUUUGAUGCUGUUACAUAGUUAUAUCUUAGUGAGGCUUCAUGUGAAAAGGGGAGAUCACACGAAAGGCGCGCGAUUGCUUAUAAGGGUUGCGAAUAAUAUAUCUAAGUUUCCUUCUCACAUUGUUCCCAUUUUAACGUCAACCGUAAUAGAAUGCCACAGAGCAGGAUUGAGACAUGCGGCAUAUAAGUUCGCAACUGAUCUAAUGAAUCCCGAAUAUAGAAAGCAGGUUGAUAAGAAAUACGCAAAGAAAAUUGAAGCAGUGGUUCGCAAGCCGCCAAAAACUGGAAAAGAUGGUGAAGAAGCUGGAGAUCCAUUGGAAUCAACCAGUCCAUGUCCAUACUGCGAGAAAAUGUUACCGGAAAGUGAAAUAAACUGCAACAAUUGCAAAAAUAAUCUGCCCUUUUGCAUUGCAACGGGCCGUCACAUAACUACCAGCGGGCUCACAUGUUGCCCGAAUUGUGAAUUUCCAGCUUUCUGGAAUGAUUUUCUCGAAGUUCUGAAAAGCGAAGCUUCUUGCCCAAUGUGCUCUGAGCCAGUAGAUGAAAAUCGCUUAGUUCAAUUACAGGAUAUCAAGGAGUAUUUAAAUAUAGAAUAAUUUUUUUAUACUAACUUAAUAGUGUUACUAGUUCCAUGAUCUCACCCAUUUUGUUGCAAAUCUUUUGCUGUUAUUUUUUCCGUUGUUAUCUUUAUAAAUGUAUUAUUUAUUGAAUA